UCUGGCUCAGGGUGCUCUACGCGGAACCGCGCCCCGCCGGCCAGCCCGCGCGCCUGUAAACACACAUUUGAUUUGAGGUUAUGGUCAUCAGCUGACACGAACGUCACGUCCAACGGUCCAGCGCGACGGAGACUUGGAACAUCAAAUUCUUCGUUGAUCGCUCUUAUCUCGUCCUACGGAGGAUUACCAUGGGUAAAAAUAAGCAGGCGCAACGUACCAAGAACAAUGCACGGCCAUCAAACAGCAGCCGCAGUGCAGAACUUUUGGGGACUGCAAUGCCAAAUUUUGUUGGGUUCUCAGCGGUUAAGGACGGAGGAUAUGUUCCCGUUCUCCCUGGUUUAUCCUUAUGCUCCUUAAACGAGAUUGAGAUGAACAAUGUAGACGCCAAUUUUCAAGUAAUAUUAAAAAAGCUGAGCAAGAAGGAUGCUACGACAAAGUAUAAGGCAUUGCAAGAGUUUGCAACACUGUGUCAAGAUGCUGAGUUGUCGGCGGUGGAAGGUAUGCUGCCGUUUUGGCCAAGAUUUUACUGCGCGCUGUCCAUCGACAUAGAUCACAGGGUGAGAGAAGCGGCGCAGUUGGCACACGCGGCUGUUGUCAAGCGUAUAGGCAAAGGCAUUGCGAUGUACCUGAAACAGUUGGCCGGCGCUUGGUUCACCUCUCAAUACGACGCGUAUCCCCCGGCGGCUUCGGCUGCCGCCAACUCCUUCAACAGCACAUUCCCACCCUGGAAGAUCGUCAACGCGAUCGUUCAUUGCCAGUGCGAGAUUUUGCUGUACAUCAGCAAUAAUAUAAUUGUGCACACAGCUCAAACCCUGUCGACGCAAAAGUCCCUCACCAACGAGGAAAUGGAGGCUAAGUAUGAGCGAGUGGUGGCAGCAAAUCUUCAGGGCUACAGUUGUUACUUCAGGAAAGUGCCGCCUGAGGAGAUCGACAAAACCGUGGAGAUUCACGGCAAAAUUUUGAGCAGCUCGAGAUUCUGGAAACUGGCUAAACACGAGGCGUUGCCGAUAAAAACUGCUUUCUUCAAUGUGUUGACGUCGAUAAUGGAAAAUGCGGGAAAGUUGUUGGAAAAUGAGAAGAAAAGGACAGUGACCACUAUUAUGAAUAGCCUUGACGAGUCCGAGCCUGCGAUUUUGUCGGCCGUGUGGGAAUCGAUGCUCAUAGCCACGACGAAAAUUGACGAUUGGCAUCUCGUCGUAAAUAUCAAUAAACUCGUACUGCCGAAGUUGUGGCAUGUUUUACGAUCCGGCGGCCAGUGCUGCGCCAGCACCGUUUACCCAAAUCUGCUGCCCUUCGUCAGUCAGUUUCCAAAGUUUAACGUUGACAUCGCCGAUCUGUACACGAAUUUCUUCAACAAUAUGCGCCAAGGAUUUUCCGUCAAAAGUGUGCAAAUGAGCCGUUCGGAGACGCUCGCUGUAGCAACGUCUUUCGUUGAAUGCCUGCGUUAUUCGAUUCUCGUGAACGCCGAAAAUGUGGAUUUAUGCGUUCGACUUCUUAAGGAGCAGCUGAUGCCUGUUAUAGAAGCUUGCAUGACGGAUAGUACUUUUAUGAAGCAGUAUUGCUUCACCGAGAUUACGCAUCUAAUACGAUAUUGGAGCAAAAAUCGUACUAACGAGAAAUAUAAAUCGUACGCUGCUUUAAUGGAACAAUUCUGGAUUGAAUGGCCGUUGUUGUUCAACAAAUUUAUGAUUAUGCCGAAGAGGAUCGCAUAUACUGUUGGUUUAAAGGAUUCCCAUAUCGAAUUCUUGAUAAAUUUAAAAAAUGUACCAGAUCGAACCCAGAAGAAAUUAAAAGUAAAAUUCUCUGAUCCAAAUGAUUCGGUUACUGUGAGCGAGCCGAAGAUAAAAAUUAUCGAUCCUUAUGCAGAUACCGUUUUUAAUGCGGAACUUUGCGAAUACGUAAGUUGUCUCUGUACAAUUUACUUUAAUUCGAUAAACGGGCCAUCGGUAGAAGAUGAUCAAUGCAUGGAAAAUAUCAGGCAGCUGAAUAAACUUAUGAAAUACUUUGCAAGUAAAGAAUUAUUUGUUGCGUUUUCGAAAUCUUUUAUUUUAUUUAAAUUUGAUGAGGACUUCUUUGAGUUUUACGACAAGAACUUGAGAUCGUUAUUGUUGCAAAAGUCAAAUAUGGCUGAACAAAUUCUUGAAUUGAUAUUCCAUUUUAUUGCAUAUAUAAAUGACGCGGAAAAGGAUAAAAUUCUAAAAUCAUUGAUCGAAUUAAACGAUAUUGCAAUAACGAGGAGUGUCAUAUAUUGCAGUUUAUCCGAACAUAACAGAAAUGAUGGCGUAAUUAAGAAAUGGUACACGCAAGCCAACAUACCCAAACUACUGGUCGAUGUGGCCAAAGAAGUCGCUUCGUGUAGCGAUGAAUCGUACGAUUUCGAAAAGGAUCAGAAUCUGAUUUUAUUGGCUUUUGAAAUUCCGGAAAUUAGAGAUUUGUUAAUAAGUGAGGAAAGAGCAAAUGAAAUUGUGUCGAUUCUAUGCGACUCGCUAAAUGGAAGGGACGACACCUGCUCCAUGCAAUUUGUUGCGUUUAUUACGGGAUUGAUGACUUUAACGUGGGGACAUAAGCAAACAAUAUCGAGUGCUGUACAGAUAUUGGAAACACUUUUUGAAUUGUGCACGCGAGAACACGACGACUUGACUGCUGAUACUGUGCGCAAUAGUUGGAAAGAGGGAUUCGUAAGAAGUAGUCAAAUAUUAUCUGCCUUUGAAUUUAAUGAUCUUAUUAACAGAUGCGGUAUUAUUAUCUGGAGUAAAGUGUAUAAUGCACACGCAGUCCUGUUAAGUCCCGUUAAGGAUACAUUGAUCAAUUUGGCAACGGAUGUUUUAGAAGUUGUAAUUAACAACAUCGACGACACGAAGUCUCAUCCCGUUGAAGAAACUAUUCUAUUGUUCUUAACGGCGUCUGACAUAAAAUUAUGGAUCGGAGAGACAACGGCUAUUGCGUUAUAUGGCGAGGUGUUAACGGGUCAUUUAUACAUGUCAAAUGUUGAGAACAAAAUGCAGAUUUUGCAGCAGCCUACAUCUAUCGAUAUAACGAACGAUGUCACUUUGGAUAACACGACGAAUUGUUUAUCAUGGGCUUUGUUUAUCACGGAUUUGCUUAACAAUCUGCACAAGAGACUGAAAGGCUGUGAUUCAGAAAGUACAUUCUCAGAUUCAGAGGGCGAAAAUGUUGAAUUGACCGAUCUCAAUUUACCAGGCGUCACGGAGAUACUGAUACAUGUCGUACAUGUGAUUGGCAUAGCGAAUAUAUACAGUAAGCAUUACAGAUCCACUAAACAUUAUAAUGAUGUCAGCAAGCUUCGUAGUUCGCUAAAAAGCAGUCUUGUCAACUUGCAUAAAUAUUUUGCAAAAAAUAUCCAUGACGAUGUACCAUUAUAUAUAAAAACAAAUCAAAAGAAUUACGGAUGUAUGCUGCCAUACAUAAUUUAUGCGCAUUACACUGAAUUUUUCUCGAAAGAUAAAACUGAGAAGUCCGUGGAAUACUUUGGAAAUUACAGUAAUGAAGUUGCAGAAGCGUAUGACGAAACACAUGUACAAAUGAUGCAAAUCUUGAACUGUUAUUGGCCACAAAAUAUCCCGGAAGUAUUGAACGACGAACACAACGAAAUUUAUUCACUAAUUGCUCUGAGAACAAUAAUAUCCGACGACUCUUCCGGUCAUCAACCUCCCGCGGUGUACGACACUAUUGUGGACAAAAUUAUGUUACGCCACGACGAUAUUUUUGCAAUUUUGGAUCACGAUGUCUCCGACACUUCAUGGGAUAAAUUGCUCUUGCCGCUGGAAGUGAUAAGAUUGCUUACGACAGUUGUCCAAAAUAUUCCGUGGAAGUUGAAACACGCGUAUUGGGAUGUUAUCAUGAUAUCUCUCACGAAGUGGCAACAGUUGCUUGACAAUGGCAAACAUAAUUACAUCGACAUUAAAAUAACAACGCUGAUGACGGCGCUUAGCCAGUUGUAUUAUGCGGUCGAGGUCGUAAUGACCAAACACAAGGUGGAGCCAAUGCCAGAGUUACCUCCGGAACUCUUGGAUGAAUGGAGAAAUAUAAUUGCUGGCAAUAUAUAUAACGGCAUUAUCCAGACUUGGAUAUUUUACGCAGAUUUAUGCGAUCGGAAUACGGAUGUAAUAAGAUCUAUUAUACCAUUGAAUUAUCUGGGAGAGGCAAUUUGCACAUUUGACAGCGGCAUAUUAUUCAAGAAAUAUGACGAACAAGCCGAAACGAUUGAUUUCAACAAGAUGUUAAAGCUGUCUCUGAAAUUGUUACAAUCUCCUGUUCCCAGCAUUCAAUUGGGUGCCUACUAUGCAUUGAAGUAUGUGGUGCCGGAACUUGUACAGCAUGAUAAAGUUCUUGUCGAAUCUGACAGCUUCGAGCCAAGCAGUCUCAAUAUUAGAAAAUUCGAAGAAGUCCUAUCAAAUACACAGAAUAUUGUAAAUACAAUGCUUAUGGAGUUCAAAUUGUGUGAUGCAAUAAGCUGUACAAUCCAACCGUUUACGGAUUCUUACACGUAUACAUUAGGAUAUCUGUUAGCAUGGGCAAUUGUACUAGAUAUUUGCGAAAAGUCUCAUAGUGAUUUACGAUAUCAAUAUGCUGAAAUAUUGAAAAAUGAACUUUUCCCCUGUCUGUUGAACAAUAUCUUCAAGUUAAUGCCCAUGGAAGCGCUACAAGAUAAUAAAAAUAAAACUGUAAAACUACUGGAGUUGUUUACCACUGCUCCAGUUUUUCGUUUUAAAGAAAGUUGGACAGAGGAAAGAUUGGAUCAUAUUGUAUGUUGGUUAUAUACAAAUUGUUUACGACGUCUGCCAGUGUUAGUUAGACAAUGGCUGAGUACAGUCGACAGCAGAGUCAGCGCAACAGUAGACAAGAUUACAAGCCAUUAUGUCAGUCCUAGACUUUGUGAAGAUGAGCUUCUUUACAGCAGAUUGCAAUUGGCUAAUAUUGAAAAUAUGCAGGUAAAAGUGCAUUCAACAGCAAGAGAAGUUAUAGCCACGUAUCAAAUGGAAGACACAAAAUUGGAAUUAAGUAUAGUGCUACCAUCGAACUAUCCUUUAGGUACGGUAAAAGUAGAAUCUGGUCAACAGAUAGAUGGUACGGCAAAGUGGAAUAAUUGUCACAUGCAACUCUCUAAAUUUCUCACGCAUCAAAAUGGCUCUGUUUGGGAUGGUCUUCUAAUGUGGAAACGCAAUUUGGAUAAGAAAUUUGCGGGUGUCGAAGAGUGUUAUAUAUGCUUUAGCAUUUUUCAUACCAGUACAUAUCAAAUACCAAAAUUGUCAUGUCAUACUUGUCGUAAGAAGUUUCAUACUCGUUGUUUGUAUAAGUGGUUCAGUGUAAGUCAAAAAUCCAGCUGCCCGAUUUGCAGAAACGUAUUUUAAUCUGAUUUGGAAAGGUUUUCAUAGAAACAAAGUAUCCGUGAUACAAAAAUGAAGUAAAAAUAAUACAAUGAUAGGGAAGGAGAAACGUGAAACAAAUACAUGUAUUAUAAAAUUAACAAGAACUGAACAUGAUGUGAUAUAACAUAAAUGUAUAACAAACUGUAAGAUAUUAUAAUCACAUGGAGAAAUAA